AUGUUGAGUUCUCCGAGCUUUUUGUGGGAUACUGAAUGUUCUUCAUACGUCUACUUCUACAUCUUCAUCAUCGUCUUGGUUGUUUGGCAAGUGCGUCAGAAUUACCGAGGAUUGAAGUGCGAACACAAAAGAAGCUGCUGCCGGCGUCAUCAAAAAGUCAGGCAAAGGGCUAGAGAUGCAGCGUCAAGAGCCAGGAGACUUUCCCGAGAAGAAGCUGAGAAGCCAUGGGAGCUGCUCUCUAUCAUGAAAAGCCAAAGCUGGAUCCCCAAGGAGGGAAGUGUGCGGCAGCUCCUGUGUUUAGAUCCCGGCUGCCAAAUCUGUGAGGCUGCAACUCUAGAGAUUCGGCAGUUGCUGCAGAGUGAGAAAAACCAGCUCUCCCCUGCUUUGUUGAGAUUGCCACAGGGCUCUGUUUGCCUGGAGAUGUUGCCCAUAUCCAGUGAGUCUUUUCAAUGGAGUGAGGAACUUUACUCUGGGCCCUCCACAAAUUUUCCAGUGGCACCUGGAAACCAAACACUAACACACCUAACAGAGCAGUUCACACAGUCCACCAGCGCAGAUGGUGUCCAGAUUUGCUGGACUGAUCACCUUCAGGUAGGACAGGACUUUCAUCCGACAGACAUGCCCAUGGCUUCUGUGACUGUGAUGUCUUCAAGGCCUGAGGAGUCAGUGGUUUUUGCAAACGAGGAAGACAUGGUGGACAGCAAUUUAAACUAUAUCCAGCAGCUCCAAGAGCAUGAGGCACUGGACUCACAGUUCCCUUUUCAGACCCUGAACCCACAAAUCACUCAUGCCACACAUCCUAUGUCUGUGUCGAUUGUCACCGAUGUCCCUCAGCCAUUCCUCAGCCCCGAAGUGUUAAGGCUUUUGGAGCUGCAUGUGAAAAAACUCAUGCAUUUCCAAAGGUGGGGGCUCCCCAGACGUGUAGAGGAGUCCCUAAAGCAACUGAUGCCAAACCCACCCAUGUAUUUCCAGCCAGAACAUAAUCAACCGGUUCCAUUUAUCCUGAAUACUAAUUCUCAAGACUAUGUUCAUAGGUUUGGGGGUAUGCCCCCCCAGACUUGGUACUCAUAUAUGGACCGACAACCUAUCCAGACCUUUUGGGUUUCGGAGUGGUCUUCACUAGACCAAAGACUACCCUGCAAACCAAUCCCCAGCCCUAUGGAAAAGCCCUUACCCAUUCCUGACUAUGAACUUCUUGUACGUGACCUCUGUCUACUGCCUAAGGCACAAGCUGAUGAUUUCCAGAGCAAUCUUCAGAAGAAAUUCACUCAGUUAUUCUUCGGCCUCCCUUCUAUGCACAGUGAGUCCUUGGGGUCUACCUUCUUAUGCACUCAGGGUGUCUCCAAGGACACCUUCAAACCCUCCUACAAAGACCCUCCUUUCUUGAAGGAGCUCCCACUCUUUCCCUUACCUAAGGCAGCUCUUCCCCCUUCUUCAACUUCUCCAAAUGAGUCUUUGUGUGAGCACCAGCAAAGAGCUCAGAUCGGUGUCCCGUUUCUGACUCUGUCAGAAUGUAAAACCUUGGAAUGGCAUCUUCUACAAAGACAACUUCAGCUUCAGUGGGGCCUGCCAGCUGUCAUCCCUGGAUCCCCAUGUACGCAGAGCCACACACAGCAUAAGCUGUGUAAUAAAGCCAAGCCGUGCGAGACUUUAAAAGCCUUCCAGCCACGAAAAUCCUUCUCAGUCCUCACCAGAGAGCUUUUCUUCAUCCCACGGCACGCACGCCGGCUGCUGGAAUUCCACCUGCAGAAGCAGCUGAUUCACCAGCGCUGGGGGCUGCCCCAGAGGAUCCAGCACUCCAUUCAUAUGCUCCUCUCCUCUCCCGACCAGCAGUCCCUGUCCUGCAUGAGCAGUAGUCUACCCGAUGUGAGCAUCUCACAGCCAGAGAACCCAGAAGUCGAUAGGUCUGGUGGCGUGUUCUCAUCCACAGCCGGCAAAGGGCCAAUCCCUAUGCCACACUUGUUUGCUGAGGCGAAGGCAAUAUUGAAAAGCCAUGUUCAUACCAAAUGUGAACAAAUCCACAAGUGUAAGUUUCCUGCCUGUGUCCAAAGCUCCCGGGACCACAGAAUUCCUGGGAACAUGGCAGCAGGGACUUUAUUCCCAAACAUUCCACAAGGUCAGCCCCUGGAGCUCCAGGCAGAAAACAACCCUGACCUACAUCAAGAAGUUGUUCCCUGGAAACAAAUGGACCUUGACCAGGACACACAGGCCUUUUCAGGUGCUUUCAUUGAACACUGUAGGCGACCCCAAGCCCUGUCUGAGGAAACCAUUAAGAAACUGGAGACCACUUUAAGGCAUAAGUAUUUGGCCUUCCUGUCAGGCCUGCAGGCCCUUUAUUGCGUGGCCCCAACGAGAGCAAUAUCCCCAACUGUUGACCAAUUUGUAAUCACAAACAUGCCCAGGCCUGUCAAAAGCCCGCAGAAACCCGUAUGUCAGAAGUCCCCAUCUGAAGAUCCGUGUUUGAGUGGGCUUGUGUCCAGUCCUCAAGAUGACAACGAGACCUCUGCAAAUAUUGAGGAGGAGCUCCAGCCUGGAGUACAGAUGGAUGGAAGGACAGAGAAGGUGCCUCUAGAGAGAGAGCCUCUCCUGAAUAGGCCCUACUCAUUUAACACAGAGAUCAUGGAGAAACUGAAUUUCCACCUGAAGAAAAAGGUCCUGGAGAUAAAGUUGGGACUUCCUCUAAAAGCAAAUGCUCUCCAAGAGUCAUCUGCAGCAGACCCAGAGAGUGACUCCAUACAGGAGUCUCUCGGGAGUCCGUGUUUAUCAGAAAGCACACUGUUCCAGGAACAGCCCACCUCAGGUGACUUUCCUCCAGCCCCAGAUCCAAACGAGGUCCACCUUGAACAGCCAGCUACUGCAGUGCCGGCUGCGUUUCAGGAGCAAGAGCGACCGAGUUCAAGAGCAGUGCCCCAUAGUUCUGCCCCGCAGGGCCCCAGGCCCUUACACUUCUACAGAAAUAUGAUUGAGGCCCAGGUGCACUAUGUUCAGAUGGGAACCGGUGAGGAAACCCCCAAUCUAGGGGAACCCUUUAGCACCGAGUCCCAAAGCUCACGCAAGAGUAAAUCCUCCGGCCACGUCCCCACAAUGACAGGCAGAAACCUGGGGAAACCCAAGGCAGCGGGAGACCUUGGAGAAGGGGAUGCUGGUCUUGUGCUUUCCCUGGUCAGUCAAAAACCACACCAAGAUGGAGAGCUGGAAGUGGAAAAGAAGACCCUGCAUAGAACACCUCAGGGCUCCUCACAACAGGGCCAUAACUUUCAGCCUGAGGGUGUCUGGCCACACAGCCCCCGGGAAUCCCCUGAGCUUGAGUUCCCAGCUCCACCUCCAGAAAUCUUUAUGGAGAUAGACUCUGAGCAGGACAUAGAAGAGAGUCAAACCGAGGACUCCAUUGUCCUGGAAGCCGCAAGGAUUGCUGAAGUCCCCCAUUCUGAGGUCUCCCAGGCCUCCCAGGGCCUGCCUUCCCCAUGCUCACCAAUUCAGAGAAAGCCUUUUCAGGCCCAACCUUGCCCGGGUCACUUUUCACCAGGGCGUAUGAUGCCAGCCUCUCCUAACACUAGGCCCAGCCAUCUUCCAGAGGCUGGCUUGAAAAAUAAGAUGAAAUUCUUUUUACACUCUAUUAACCCCAAGACAAAGAGCAGAACAUACACGGAACCGCCCGUGGUCUCUACACCUGGAAAGGUGGCCAAAACCAGCAAAGAAAAUGUUGAAAGGGGUCUGCUUCGAACCAAGAGCCCCACCAAGAAAACUAGGUCAGAGGACUUCAGAGGGCCCAAGGCCCCGUCUUCGUCCUCUGAGAAGCCAGUGAUCGCUCCCUAUCUAACUCCUUCCUAUAUUGUAGACAGUAAGUUCUGGCCCCGCUCUCGGCAGCUUGGCCCUGUCUCGGUGCUGGGCAGCUCCCACUAUUGUCCUCGGCACUGUCCGAGGUUGGCUUAUGCCACUCAACAGAGAAACCCACCCUAG